CUUUUAGUCUGUUAAUGUCAAAAUAACUUUCAAUCAAAAUUUUAAAGUAUUAUCUAUAAUCAAAAUCUUGAGUUGCAUUGCAAAACGCUAAGGUCGUUCUAGAAGAAAUGUUCAGUUAGCUUAGAUCUUCUCCUCUUCUGAAGACUUACGUAAGACAUACAAAUGGGGAAUAAGGUGUCUGCUGAGGCUCACGUUAAUAUAAAAAUCGGAGAGAAAGAUGCGAAUCCUCCACCUGAGUGCCCGAUGCAUAACAAAACGGAGCAGAAGCCAAAGGUUUCGGAAUGUCCAGUACAACAUGGAAAUGAUAUCAAUCCAUUCAACAUGAUGCCUCCGGCUAACCAACAACCUGCACCAGAUCAGCCAUUCACCUUGCCCACAAACCGACAAGUUUCCUCUAUUCCUCGAGCAAUGCCUGAUGGCUCAACUGAAUUCUGGGUUUAUCCAAGUCAACAAAUGUUUUGGAAUGCUAUGCUACGUAAAGGCUGGCGUUGGAAAGAUGAGGAUAUAAAACCAAAAGACAUGGACGAUAUAAUUAGGAUACAUAAUGCUAAUAAUGAACAGGCUUGGCAAGAAGUUUUGAAAUGGGAAGCUUUACAUGCCAAAGAGUGUGGUCAUCCUAGAUUGAAGAGUUUUGGAGGCAAGGCGACUCAAUACAGUCCUAGAGCACGCAUACGUUCUUGGCUUGGGUAUGAGUUACCAUUCGACCGUCAUGACUGGAUUGUGGACAGAUGUGGGAAGGACGUGCGUUAUAUCAUUGAUUAUUACGACGGUGGUGAAGUCGAUAACAAAUAUCAGUUUGCAAUGUUGGAUGUCAGGCCAGCAAUAGACUCCGUUGAAAACGUUUGGGACAGAAUGAAAGUAAUGUACAUGAGGUAUAGAUAUGAAUUGAUCGGCAACAAACAAACGAAAUUAAGUAACUAAACAGUUUGUUCAAAAUGUAAUCCUUAGAUAAGUACAAACUAAUGUUGAUAGUUAAAUUCGUAGUACCUAGUUAAUAUAUUUUGUUGUGCAAGUAUUAUUUUGUGGAGUUCUUCCGUCGACAUGGUUUGUCACUGCAAAAACUCUUUGUGAUCAUGUUUCUUUGAAGGUUUACAUUUUCAGUAAUUGGUUUAUUCACACAUAACCCGCCAAUAAUCUCAAGUGAUAAAUGAUGUAAUGUGAAGUAAAAAAUGAUAUUUUCAUCAUUGUUAAUUUACAAAAGUCACUAAUUAAUUAAAUAUUUCAUUAAUUCACCACUAAAUGAUCAUAUGAAAAAGUGAAAUAAAUUCAGAUUCAAAAUCAUCUGUUCAUUAUUAUAGUUAAAAUGUUAUUUAUGAAAUGAUCAUAAAAUAAAACAA